CAUUUUGGCACCACUGAUUGCUUUUGUGCAAUGGCGGAUAAAGAUGAUUGUGAAGUGAAAAGUGUGGAGGAAAAUAUUAAUAUAGAUCGUUAUAGAAAGCUAGUGAGAUCGUAUUUGGAUUUGCAUCUUUAUUCUGCUGCCUUGUUUUGGGCAGACAAGGUUGUUUCACUGAGUGGGGAAGAUCCUGAUGAUGUAUAUUGGCUAGCACAAUGCAUGUAUCUCAUGAAGCAAUAUCAUAGAGCUGUUAACCUGAUCAAAAGUAGAGGUCUUGAGAAGACAAAUUUGUUGUGUCUAUACUUGGUGGUACGCUGCCUUUUAGAAGCUCGAGAGCCUACAGAUGCAUUGCAAAUUUUAAGCGAAGUCGAACAGGAAGGAAAUUUCAAUCUUACAACAAACAUGAUAACUGAUUCAACAACUGUCAACCAUUCUUUACUUGAUAACAACUUGAAUCAUCUUCAAAGCGCCAUUCUUUAUCUUAAAGGCUGUGUAUACGAAGCAAUGGAUAAUCGGGGUUUAGCAGCUGAUUGUUACAAACAGUCAUUACGCCGUGAUGUGCAUUGCUAUGAAGCAUUUGAAGCCUUAGUGCAGCACCAAAUGCUUUCCUCUUGGGAAGCUCAUGAAGAAGGAUUGCUCAGAUUAUUAUAUGAGAGUAAAUUGAAAAAAUAUCAUGCUCCAGGACCUGUAUCAGCUGCAUUACCUUCUCAAAUUGCUGGACUCUCUGGCAACUUAGAUCUUGCUGUUGCUCAGGCAGAGCGCUGCUAUUAUAAUUGUAAUUACCGCCAAUGCAGUCAAAUUACGGAAGAAGUUCUGAAGAAAGAUCCUUACCACAGUAGCUGUUUACCGGUACAUAUCGGAUGCCUGGUUGAGCUUAAGAAAGCAAAUAAAUUGUUUUACUUGGCACAUCGACUAGUUGAUUUAUAUCCUGAAAUGGCAAUAUCAUGGUUUGCUGUUGGAUGCUAUUAUUAUGUGAUUGGGAAAAGUGAUCCAGCUCGUCGAUAUUUGAGUAAAGCUACAACUCUUGAUCGUCUGUUUGGUCCAGCAUGGUUAGCAUAUGGUCAUUCGUUUGCUGCCGAAAAUGAACAUGAUCAAGCAAUGGCUGCUUAUUUUAAGGCAUCUCAGUUAAUGAAAGGGUGUCAUCUGCCAUUGCUGUACAUUGGUCUAGAAUGUGGUCUUACAAAUAAUGUUAAACUUGCUGAAAAAUUCUUUCUUCAAGCUCAAAGUAUUGCCCCUGAAGAUCCAUUUGUUAUACAUGAAAUGGGUGUCAUUGCUUUUCAAAAUCAAGAUUACACUGGAGCGGAGAGGCAUUUUCAAGAAGCUUUGAGCCGAGUUCGUAGUAUUAACGAGUCAAUGAUAGCAGAAAAGUGGGAACCUUUGCUCAAUAAUUUGGGUCAUACAUGUCGAAAACUUCAAAAAUUUGAGGAAGCCCUGGACUUUCAUCAGCAGGCUUUGGUGCUCUCACCCCUUAAUCCAUCCACUUAUUCUGCUAUGGGCUAUGUACACGCAUUAUUAGGAAAUACAGCAGAAGCUGUGGAUGCUUUUCACAAAGCAUUGGGUGUACGGCGUGAUGACACAUUCAGUACAACAAUGCUUGGCUAUGUUGUUGAACAGCUAAUGGAGGACACACCUCCAUUUAAAGGUGCUCCAGAUGAUGUCCCAAAUUACAGUAUUUCACCCACACAACCUAUGGUAGUGAGUGUGGAAAAAUCUGAGGCAGAUAAAAGCAUGUUUGCAGACAGCCAAGCAGAAAGUAAUGUUGAAAGUGAAAAUGGAAAUUGCAACACAAUUGAAAGAGUUGCCUACUCAUCCCGUUCUCCAAUAAUUGAAGUAGAAAUGCAUGAUUCAUCAUCUGCGCAAAUAGAAUGAAAGUUUCUUGAUGUGUUUAUUGAUUUUCUUUGUAUAUCUUGAUUAUUUGGGUAAAAAAGUGAAAUAGAUUACUUUCUCAUCAAUAAUUGAUGCUUACUACUACUAUCCACAAAAUAUUUUGAAGAAAGUGAAAGGUGCACAUCAUGUGAAGUAGAUCAAUUUUGUUCAAUUGUAUCGAAAAUGCAUACAUAUAUCAUAUUACAAAGUAAAAUGUGUUAUUUUCUACUACAAUAUCUCACUCUAAAGUUUUAAUAUGAAACAGUAGUGAAAUUUUACCAAACCUACAUUUUAGUAACAUGUCAAUAAUUGUAAUGAUUUAAUUAAAUAGUAGUAAACUAUUAUUGUAAAUAUAAGAACAUGAAAUCAAUCUAUAUGCCAUUUGAAAAAGAAAUGUACCAAAACUAAGGUAUCAUACUAUGUGCAGGAAUUUUUAUAUAACCCUGAAUUCUAUAGUUAAUCUCUUUUGUCUUAUUCAGUGUAAUUUAAAACUGAAAUACUUUUCUUGUUUAUAUAUUUCAGGAUCAGUACGUUAAAUAACAUGCACUGAGCAUGUCAUUUACAAUUCUAACAAUUGGAAGGUGUGUUCUGAAAUGAUUCAACUCAAAACUGAAAGUUUUCAAUAGUAUAGAAGAGUUUUACUUGUUUCACUGUAAUUUUUGUUUUUCAGUCUGAAAAUGUGAUGUUUAUGUGUGAAUGAUAUACGGAUGCAUGAAUUUACAGAACAUAUUAUUGUAAACAUUCCUUAAGAUUUCAUGCCAUUUUUGUACAAAUGUUUGUUGUUUGUGAUUGAAACGACAUAAAAUUCAUAUUUUGUACUUCUGUGUUGUAUCUUUUGUUGUUGAGAACUAUUUACCUACUUAGCUUAAGACAUCAGCAGCAACCGUAGUUUCAUGGUGGACUCCUCCAUAAAAUGUGUGUCCCUCUGGUAAGUCUGAUCAAUGUUCAGAUAUGUGAUUCUACACCAGUUUUGAUGCAUAAAUUGAAAUUAAAAUUCUGGCAUAAUAUCUGCAUAAAAUAUAUUGUGUUCAUCAAAUUUUAAUAUUUUUCCGUUUUUUAUCACUAUGAUAUUUUAUGUUUAUGAUAUUGAAUUUUUUGGAUAAAGUUAAAUUGAAGAAUUGAAAUUAAAAGUAUGUAAGUGCCAUAUCCAUACUGUCGAGAAAAAUGAGUUUGUGUAUACCUUAAACCUAUUGGUACAUACAACUCCUGCCAUUUAAAAUCACCCUGUAAAGGUGAUCAAGCAAUACAUCUGGACUUUGGUUCAUGUUUAUGUUAUAGGGCUUGAUUCAUUCAUCAUUUUUCUGGUAAAUCAUAAAUUUAAUGGAAUGGCACUUUCAUCCUUUUUUUAUUUCAUCUUCAAUUUAACUAUGCAAAAAUCAGAAGUGUUGCAGUUAUGGAAAUAACUGUUAUAUUUUUAUGUAUGUUAUUAAAAUAAACUUUGAUGUCUUUAACUGUUGAUAAUUUGAAGGUCUAUAAUAAUUUAUUUUUUUUUGGCCCAGCAUUCAUAAAGGCUACUGUGA